GUGGUUCGCGUGCGGGGGGGGGGGGGUGUUCAAGCGCUCGGUUUCUGCUAGUAAAUAAACACACACACGCCUAAUUUAUCAGUUAAUAACACAAUCAGACUUGGCAGUUAGCAAACAACCGUAUUCUGUCUCGUGCUGUGAGCUAAUAGCUAACACAUUCUUAAACACGUCGCCUGCAACCCAGAUCUGUUGACAAUCGGAAAGGAUUUAGAUUUGAUCCAUCAUCUAACGAGAAGGAAACCGGGUGGAGUGGAGCUGGAAAAUGGAAAAGCAGUUGUUUGGAGGAGUCGCCGGUGGAGAUAGCACUGCGCAGCCGGUAGUACCGAAUCGAAACAAGCCUCGGACAUUGGCCACCUCUGGGUCGAAACAGGAUAGCGUGGAGACAUUGGACAGUCCUACAGGUUCUCAUGUAGAAUGGUGUAAGCAGCUGAUAGCAGCCACCAUCUCCUGCCAGAUAUCAUCUGUACCCGCUGACACUGCAUCCGGAGACUGCAAGGAUUGGAGGAGGACAGAUCUCCCAAGGCCUCCAAGAGACGGAACCAAGCAGGUCCAGACGGAUGAGGUUCCACUGGUACCGGGAGAGACCAUCAAGGCUGUGGCCAAGGAUGUGAUGUACAUCUGUCCCUUCACGGGUUUGGUGACCGGAACCCUCACCAGCACCAACUAUAAACUAUACUUUAUCAGCCUGGAGAGGGAUACUCCGUUCAUCCUGGAUGUGAACCUGGGAGCGAUCAGCCGUCUGGAGACCAUCAGUGUUCAGAGUCAUGGAGAGAACACAAGGGGCAUGGAGAUAGUCUGUAAGGACAUGCGUAGUCCCAGGUUUGCCUAUAAGGAGGAUGCCAGCCAACCAGAGAUAGUGGAGGUUCUGGCCAAACACGCCUUCCCCCUGUCAAACGACCUGCCCCUGUUUGCCUUCCUGUAUAAGGAGGAGUUUCCUGUGGAUGGGUGGAAGGUGUAUGACCCCAUGGCAGAGUACAAGAGACAGGGUCUCCCCAACGAGAGUUGGACCAUCAGCAAGAUGAACAGUAGUUAUGAGGUGUGUGACACCUACCCUGCCCUGGUCGUCAUCCCCACCAGCAUCAAGGACGACCACCUCAAAGGAGUGGUAGCCUUUAGGGCCAGGCAUCGCAUACCGGUGUUAUCGUGGAUCCACCCGGAGAGCCAGGCCACUAUAGUCCGUAGCAGUCAACCUUUAGUGGGCCCCUCUGACCGGCGUUGUAAGGAGGACGAGAGAUACCUCCAGACCAUCAUGGAUGCCAACGCUCAGUCUCACAAACUCACCAUCUUUGACGCCCGACAGAGCAGCGUGGCAGACAACAACAAGGCUAAGGAUGGUGGUUAUGAGAGUGAGAGUUUCUAUCCCAACGUAGAACUCAACUUCCUGGAGAUCCCCAACAUCCACGUGAUGAGAGAGUCACUGAGGAAACUGAAGGAAGUGGUCUACCCUAGUAUAGAUGAGGCUCACUGGCACUCUGCAGUCGACCAGACACACUGGCUAGAGUACAUACGGCUGCUCCUGGCGGGCGCCGUGCGUAUAGCUGACAAGCUGGAGUCUGGUAAGACCUCUGUGAUGGUCCACUGUAGUGAUGGGUGGGACCGGACGGCCCAGCUCACCUCUCUGGCGAUGCUGAUGCUGGACAGCCACUACCGCACCCUGAGAGGAUUCCAGGUGCUGUUGGAGAAGGAAUGGAUCAGCUUCGGACACAAGUUUGCUGCGCGUGUGGGUCAUGGGGAUGAGAACCAUGCCAACUCUGAGAGAUCGCCUCUCUUUAUCCAGUUUAUAGACUGUGUCUGGCAGAUGAACAGACAGUUUCCUGCAGCGUUUGAGUUUAAUGAGUUGUUCCUGAUAACCAUUCUGGACCACCUCUAUAGUUGUCUAUUUGGUACAUUCCUCUACGACAGCGAACAGGAAAGAAUAGCCAAGGAAGUCCAGACAAAGACAGUCUCUCUGUGGUCCUAUAUCAACAGUCAACCAGAGGACUUCACCAACCCGUUCUAUGUGGACUAUGAGCACCAGGUCUUGUACCCUCUAGCUAGUGUCAGACACCUGGAGCUGUGGACUGGGUACUACGUACGAUGGAACCCCCGUAUGAGGCCGCAGAUGCCGGUGCACCAGAACCUGAAGGAGCUGUUGUUCCUGAGAGCAGAGUUACAGAGGAAGGUAGACGAGUUGGAGAGGGAAGCAUCUUCAUCACGCGGCUCUCUCUCGUCUUCAUCGGAACACACAUCAUCACCCUCACACAGCGGGGGCACGCCCCUACACACCAUUGUUUAAUACAGUACACACACACACACACCUGAAUGCAGUCCCCAACACAGAACUGAACAGACACACACACACCUGAAUGCAGUCCCCAACACAGAACUGAACACA